AUGCUAAACGUUUUGAAUAAAUUUGAAACCUUAGAAUUAGAAAAUACAUUAACGUCUCUCAUCCAAAGAUUAAUGGAACCUCAUCUUCAUAAUUUCUAUAAAAAUUAAGCUCUUUUAACUGAUUUGUCUUAAUAAUUUAGAGGCUAAUUGAAGGAAGUAUAAACUUUAAAAGAAAAUUUAGAGCCGAAAUACAACGAAUUAAAAUUAAAACUUUAAUCUUAAGAAUAAAAAUUACAAGAAAAUUUCAAAGUUUGUAUUACACAAUCUUCGGAAAAAUAAUAUCAGAUUGAUUAAAUCAAAAAUCAAAUUUAAACAUUUUCCACAGAAUCGUAACAAGCUGAAAUUUUUUACAGAGAAGCUAAAUAAGAACUUCAGGAAGUUAAAGUUGCUAAUUUCUCAUUUAAAACCUCUUUAGAAUAAAGUAUGGACAAAAUAAAUUAGAUAUAUAAUUAAGAGUUUUCAGACCUUAAAUAAUAAAUCAUAGGUAUUGAUUAAAGUUAAAGAAAAAUAAUACAUUAAAUUUCUCAUGAAGAUGCACAGAUAAAGGCUUAUUCAAUGAAAUUAGAUUAGAUUAAAAAUGAUAUUUCAUCAAAUAAUUUAAAAAAUUUUUAAUAAGCAAAAACCAUAGAUAAGGUGAAUCAAAUGUUGGAAACCUUAAUUGAGGAAAACAAAAUUAUAAAAAAUAAUUUAUAAGUUAUUGAUGAAUUUAAACAUAAACUUAGCUCAAUAGAGAUUUACUUACGAUAUUAUCAACACUACCAUAUAUAAAAUUAAAUCAAUGAUUCUCUUUUUUUUAGUUUACCUUUAAAAUUUUUUUCUAAGUAUGCAUAAUUUGAAAAGUAAAAAUUUGACGAGUUUGAUAAAACUAUUCUAAAUAUUAAUAAUGAUUAUAAUAUUUAAGAAUUGAUGGAUUGGCAUAAAACAAUAGUCUUAAAAGCUUCUAAAAGAUUUUAAAAGGCUUAAGAAACUUUGAAAAAUGCUGAGAAUGAUUAAGAUUCUUCUGUUGAAGAUUAAUAAGGCGAUGAGAAUAAAACAACUUAAUUUGUAGAUAGUAAGAAUUAAAAAAAAACGAAAAGAAAAUAAUCAGCUAAUCUGGUUUAUUUUGAAGAAUAAUUACGUUAAUUGAAAGAAUAAUUUGAUUAAUAGUUAGAUGAAAAAUCAAAUGAAAUUAAUUCUUUAAAAUAAAAGUUUAAAGAACUUAAUGAUGAACUCUAUUUAUCAUAGAUCUAAUUUUAGGCAAACAUUGAAUUAAAUAUAUAAAAAUAGGCAUCAAACUCUAAAUAAUCUAUUAAUAAUUUAUAAUAAUUAUUAAAUGAGAUAUAAAGUGAAUUUUCAAAGAGUGAUUAUAAGAAGUUAAAUGAAGAAAUAGCGCUUUUGAAAUAAUUUAAAUUAAAUAUGUUAAGAAUAAGUUCAAAUAUAUUAUGCUUAUUAAGAUAAGAUGAGUUGGAUAAAGAAGAUCUAAAAUUAUUAGGAGGAAAAGAUAUUUAAAUAGAUAGUGCUCUCUCGAUUAUGAAUGUAGUAUAUUUAAUAACAAUUAUAGAGCCAAGGUCUUAUUGGGAACAAAAAGAAAUCUAUUAUGCUUAAUUCUAGUUGUCUAUCCUGUUCAGGAUCUCCAAUUCAAUUAUUUUAAUUUUUUAAAGUUGCAUGUUUGGGUUAUAACCCUUCAGAAGUUGAAAUAGAUGGUCGUUUUUUUAAAAGAGUAGAGUUAAUUUAAAAAUGUUAAGAAGUGAUUUAAGAACUACAUCAUCGAAAGAAGAGUUUAAUUCCUGUAAAGGAAAGGCAAAUUAGAAAUUUUGAGUAAAGGAGCAAUUCAAUAUAAGCAUCACCACGUUUUUUUUCAACUGAAAACCGUCAAAAGUUUCAAAAAUUAAGCUAAAUGAAAAUAUAUUAAUGA